CAAUAUCUCCUACAUACAUCAUUCAAAUUCCCAUCUUUAUCUCCUUCUUUCCCACUUGAAAACAAAUGAUGAAAAGUUUACGGAGAUGGCCUGAACCAGUGACUCGAGUCCAAUCUUUAGCAGCAAGUGGUAUACGGGCAAUCCCAGAGCGUUAUAUUAAGUCGCCAUCCCAGAGACCAUUACUAAACAACGACGCUCAGGAGGUCAAUGUUCCUGUUAUUGAUUUCCAAAACUUAUUCUCCAGUGACCGAGGCCUCUGCGAGGAAGCCCUCCGCUGCGUUCACAAUGCCUGCCGUGAAUGGGGGUUCUUUCAAGUAGUGAACCAUGGUGUGAACCAUGAACUCAUGAAGAGGACUUGUGAGGUUUGGCAUGAAUUCUUUAACCUGCCAUUAGAAGUGAAGCAGGAGUAUGCUAACACUCCUGCAACGUACGAGGGGUAUGGUAGCCGGGUGGGAGUGGAGAAGGGGGCAAGCCUUGAUUGGAGUGAUUAUUUCUUCCUUCAUUUUAUGCCUCUUUCACUCAUAAACAAAAACAAAUGGCCUGCAAUCCCAGCUUCUUGCAGGGAAUUGGUAGCUGAGUAUGGCAGUGAAGUGGUUAGACUUUGUGGAAAGUUGAUGAAGGUAUUCUCCAUGAACCUUGGCCUGGAAGAGGACUCCCUCCUAAACGCUUUUGGUGGAGAAGAGAACGUUGGGGCAUGCCUGAGGGCUAAUUACUACCCCAAGUGUCCCCAGCCAGACCUUACACUAGGUCUCUCACCACACUCUGACCCUGGUGGAAUCACCAUUCUCCUGCCUUAUGAAAAUGUGGCUGGCCUACAAGUCCGCAGGAAGGGCAGUUGGCUCACUGUUAAGCCGAUCCCAAAUGCCUUCAUUAUCAACAUAGGGGAUCAAAUCCAGGUACUCAGCAAUGCCAUCUAUCAGAGUGUGGAGCACAGGGUAAUUGUGAAUUCUAAUAAAGAUAGGGUCUCUCUCGCCCUUUUCUAUAACCCCAAGAGCGACCUGCUCCUUGAACCAUGCAAGGAACUGCUCACCAAGGACCGGCCAGCUCUCUACAAACCGAUGACAUAUGAUGAAUACAGACUUACCAUUAGGACAAAGGGUCCUUGUGGCAAGAAACAAGUAGAAUCUUUAAAAUCUCCAGGGCAAUGUAAUUAAUGUUGACUGCUGAUGAGUUAAUUAGUCCCUGUCCAAUGUUCAGCAUGGAUACAAUAUUAUAUAUGACAAAAUUCACAUAUGAUGGAUUUCCUUUUCCAGAUGUUUUAAG